AUGAAUCCACCGCGUAAGCGUCCAUGGUCCGUUGCAGAGCUCUCCUCCAACCCGCUGCACCCACCGCCGCCGCCGCCUCCGCCGCUACCACUGCCGCUGCCUGAGGCGCUGAAUUCUGUGCCGAAUGGCUCUGGUGCUCCUGAGAUAGCUAUGUACAGGUCUCCAGAUAGCUUGUCGAAGACCCCCAAUACCCCUCCGAUUUCGUUCGGCAUAGGUCCUCCGGAGUCGCCGCAAAUCAGUGUUGCCGUGACGAGUCGCAAGUCGACAGCAUGUCCGACCUGCAGGAAACAAAAGACCAAAUGUGUUAUGGAGUAUGACCAACCGCCGUGUAAACGCUGCGUGGAGCGAGGCAUAGAAUGUUCACCGAAUAAGUCAAUCCAGGAUAUUAUGGUAGAGCAGGCAAGAUGGAAUUCUCGGAUGAAUCUUUAUUUCUCGCAGCUUCAAACAGCGUUAAAUGAAGCCAGGGCAGCGUUAUCACUACCCCCUAUAUCGGCAGUGGAGGAAUUAGGUACCAAAGAGGAAGACGUGAAAGCGGCCCAGCCUGAACCGGUGGAUGAACAUCACAAUCCGCUGGAGGGUUCCAUGGGGCAAGAUACACUCGCCUCAGCCCCAGUGCGGUCUCUCUAUGAAGUCACCAAAUCCAGCGAGGUGCCCGAAAAUGCCACCCAAUUUUCAGGGUUGGUUUUGCAGCCGGAUUUCGUCUCACGGGGAGUAAUUACCGAAGUAGAAGCUGGCCAACUUACCAAAACAUAUCUGACCCGGCUGGACCACUUCUUCUAUGACCAUCUACAAAAAUAUGCAGACAUUAGCGAGAUACGAAGGACCUCUACACUACUUGCACUAACCUUAUGCACUGUGGCAGCUUUACAUGACCCUCUCGGUACAGAGGCAUACGAUAAGCUGAGCAGAGAGCUCCGCAGUGUCACAUCAUCACUUAUGUUUCGCACUCACUUGGGAGUAGAAGAUAUCAAAGCCUUCUGUAUGGCCUCUUACUGGCUGGGGAACUUGACCUGGGUCUUGUCUGGGCUUGUCCUUAGAAAGGCCAUUGACAUGCAGUACCACACAGCUCACAUGAACCAGCCACAGACCGAUAGAGAAGCAUUCGGCAAGUCUCAGAUGUGGUUAUUGAUAUUUCUAGCCAAUGAACAGAUAUCAAUACUCCAUGGCUCUCCCGCCUGUGGUGUGGAGCCUGGAUAUAUCAACUGGAGAAAUCACCUGGCCUCCCCCUUUUCAGGGGAGAUUGAUCUGAGGCUAAUCAGUCAUAUCGACCUUCUUUUGCUUUUGGGAAAGGUACGGCAGACGUACGGGGUGGAUGCAAUGAAGGCUGUUCCCCUAGCUCUCAUACCGCAACUUCGAGAUUACCUUGUGCAGCUGGACAGAUGGUCACAGACAUGGGCAGGAAGACUAGCACGGAACAAAUGGCUUGGAAACUUCCCCUCUCAAGCCGUUAAGCUCCAUUUUCGAUUUGCAAAGUUCUUUAUAUGUUCCCAUGCCUUUCGAGGGUUAAACGUGGAAUCUGCCAACGUACCACUCGCCCCAGAACUAAGUGACAUUGCAGCUGAUGCAGUUACAACUGCGAUAUCCAUUCUCGAGAUGCUGAUCGAAUCUGAUGAGUUACGAGCGUACCUCGUCGGGAUCCCUCAUUAUUUCCAUACCAUGUUCGCAUUCGCGUCAGUCUUUCUCCUCAAGGUUGCAACGCGUAAUAGACAGCAUGUGCAAGUUGACACGCAGCUGGUGUUUCGGACUAUCCAAAGGGUUCUGGAGGUGUUUCAACACUGCCCUUGCGCUAAACAGCAUCUUGUGCACCGCAUCGCUCAGGGGCUCAAGGAAAUGGUUGAACGUUGUGAAAGUCAAAUCGCAACGAAAAGCUCCGGCCACCCUGUAAACAGGGCUUUUAACCGAGAGCCGUCUAUCCCUACUUCCAUGCCACUUCUACCCCCGACUUCAAACCCUGAGACACCGUCUCAGGAACUGCUGUCAUGGUUUAACUUGGAGAACUUUGACUUCCUUUCUAUGUCGCCGCCUACUUGGAACACGGAGUUUUAG